UUAUCUGUUUAUUCAGCGUUUACUCUUUUAAGCAUUCCGAUCUUGUCACUCGAUCAUCUCUAUCAUAUCAGUCCAAGAGAAGCUGUGGUGCGGGAUCACGUGAGGCAGCCAGCGGUGAGAGACAGAGGCAAGAGUCCUGUCGCCAAGAUGAGUGGAACGAACAAGUUUGACGACUUUCUCACGCACCUCGGCACCGGACCCUGGAACAUGCUCUACUUCCUCGCCUCGUCCUACUGGCUUCUGUUGGUGCCUCCACAGUUCAUUAGCGGAGUCUACCUCGCGCCUACUAUCAACUACACCUGCCUUCCUCCAGAAGGGAACGAGAGUGUAGUUGUAUCUAAAGACUCAUGCAGUUAUACGAGGCUGACGGAGGACGGGGCAGAGGUGGAGGAAGCGUGCACCGAGUGGGAAUUCGAUACCUCCGUCUUCAGCAGCACCCUCACCUCGGAGUUCUUCUUAGUGUGUGACAAGAACCGACUGCGGGCGACCUUCCAGAGUAUGUACAUGCUGGGCACUUUCUUUUCUCCUCUGAUCGGCGGCUACCUUGCGGACAGGUAUGGACGCAAAGUGGUAGUGGUGGUGACACAAAUCCUAAUCACGCUCCUCUCAGUCAUUAUUAUUUUCUUCAAUAACUUCUUCAUCAUCCUGGCAAUUCGUUUCCUCCUGGGCUCCUGCAACAUGCUCACGUUUUUCAUCUACGCCCUGGAAGUGUGUGAACCCAAACACCGCGGCACGGUGGGUAUCCUGACCGGGCUGCCGUGGGCUCUGGGAACCAUGGCGUUUGGCGGAGUAGCUUACUUCAUCCGGGACUGGCGGUGGCUGCAGCUCGCUGUUUCUCUUCCCAAUGUUCUGAUCUUUCCUGCUCUCUACUUCAUGGACGAGUCCCCGCGGUGGCUCAUCGUGCGGGGCCGCCACGACCAGGCCGUGCAGGUGCUCCGCAAGGCCGCCCGCUGGAACCGGGUGACGCUGCAGCCAGAGGCCGAUCUCCGUGCCCUCAUGAAGGAGAUCCAAGAGGAGUCCGCGACGUGCUCGUCAACGCCAACCAACACAGACACGAAGACCAAGAAAUUCUCACUCCCCUUGCCCAACCUGCUCAGUACACGAGCCAUACAAGUCAUCACUGCCGUGGUAUGCAUUGACUUUUUCGUUGUGAGUUUCGUGUUUGACGGCCUCAACUACAGUGGUGACAUCUAUAGCGCCGAUCCUUUCCUAUAUAUUAUACUGAACGGUUUGGUGGAAGUUCCGGGCUAUUCCCUCACAGCCCCCAUUGUCGACCGGUGGGGCAGGAAGAUGCCCACUGUGCUGAGCUACGUGCUGAGUGGCGUCAUCAUCUUUGUGAUCGCCUUCAUCCCAUCAGACCUUCCCGUGCUGAUUUUGGUGUUAGCUCUGGCUGGAAAAGUGUGCAUCAGUGGCGCCUACCAGAUUAUUUACUUGUAUUCCUCCGAGCUGUUCCCGACUGAGGUGCGGAUGCAAGGGAUCGGCGCUGCCAGUGUGUUUGCUCAGUUGGCGUCAACGGUCGUGCCUUUCAUCACUUCUGUCCUGGGUCCAGUGUUGCCAUGGUUGCCUUCACUCAUUUUCGGCAUAUCGGCGGCGGCAGCAGGCGUGUUCACGGUAGCGCUGCGAGAGACAAAGGGCGUGCCGCUGCCAGACACCAUCGCCGACCUGUCCGUCUCCACCACCAUCAUUACUUCUACCACCACCAUCGUUAUCCCCACGUCUGCAAAUGACGCCGAGAAAUGCCAAGAACCGCUGGUCACUAACCACACCACAGAUGGGUUGGAGGAGAAGUCAUGCCAGAAGGAAGUGGACAGCUCACUCCCGUGCCUUGCUUAGCCAAGAGACGUGAAGUACAACCAAAACUUACUAAUGUGGAAAUAUUUCGUGGAAUGGAACAUGGAGGAACAGCUCGGGGAGGUGUAGCUGAUGGGAGUGGUGUAAUAUACUGCUUCAUAUAGGGUUACAUGUUUGUUACGGAACAGCACCUAUCCAUGAGUUGAUAUGUACCAGGAUGAACUACGGUUAAUUAGUCGGAGAAGAAAUGCGAGUACAUUUUAAUCGAGAGAUAGCGGGCUUAUAAACCCAUUAAACAACAGAUAAAAGAGAAAAUUAUGCACCAACACAAACCUAUUACAAUGAGUAAAAUUGUACUCGUAGUGGAGAUUUAAGGAUGUGUAGGAUGUUCAGAAAUAAGUUAAGACUGAGUCAAUGCAAAAGUCUUGUACAAACGCGUUGGCAUAAACUUUGGCAUAGAAAAAUUUGUAAAAGGAUACUGAAAUGGGGGAAGUAAUGUUUUUUUUGUUGACUAAGUGGAAAUUUCCGCUUGUAUCACACACAAUAUCAAUGUGUUACUGGUAAAUAAAUUGGAAAGUCAUAUGAAUGGGUAAUUAAGGUUAAUCUAGCACAAACUAACUAGAAAUAUAAUAGAAAUAGAAAGUGAGGAGGAUGCGCUUCUUUUGUUUUUAUGAUGUGGCAAGGAGGUAAGGAGGCAGCGAGUACCCCAGCUUGGAACAAUAGCUUGCCAGCAGCCGCCACUAGCACAAAAGUCCUAUUAAGACGCAUUCUCGCUACUCCACUGGUUUCCUUUAGUUAAAUUCGCUAAGUUAACAGUAACUUAGAAAUCAGAACAACUGGAUAUCUCAAGGAAGCUCCUGUCUUAGCUUGGUGUUCCAAGCCGCUGGCUUGGAACACCAGCGAGCAUCACUCAUCCUUGGCUGUCCAUAUAACUCCCAGCCACGUGGUCUACAGCUAAGUUAUCACUUACUUAUAAUCAUAUUUAGUGAUGCUUUCUGAGAUUAUGACAUAAUCUCAGAAAGCAUCACUAAAUAUAAUCCACUCACCCUAUUGCCUCCCGGCUAACACAUUGUGUUAACCGGGAGGCUAACACAAUGUGUUGACUGCGUUUGUGCCCGACUUUUGCAUUAACUGAGUCUAACUUAUUUCUAAACAUCCUACUCAUUCAUAAAUACCAAGAGAUAAAAUAGAAGCUGCUGAACCUUUAAAAAGCCUUGAACAGGUGAAAAUCUAAUGGCUUCCUAAGACACUUGAAAAGACACUGAAGAAAUGAUUGAAUGGGUAAAAGGUACAAAUAAGAAAAAGAGGAUUUGACAACUUGCCAUAAGCAGAAAUGGUGGUAUGUCUUGACAGAAAACAUGGCGGUCAAGGCAGUCAAAGAAUUCUGUAUAAAACUGUUUAGUGGUAACAAUUAGAAAAAUGAAGGUCCUAUGCGUAAAAUUAAAUCUAGAAUAUUAUUCUCCUUUGCAGGUUCCAAGAUUGCUUGCUUUAAAAAAAACUGUCCUGAAUUCAGCCUUCAGCGUCUCCCAUCUUCAGACUCUAGUCAAUAUUCCCAAAAACUAAAAUCUCUCACCACACAUACGUGGUUGUAUCUGCCUGCUCUAUUUAUCUCCCGCCAUAGUGAGCUGUUAGCUUCUUUUGUAGUAUUCGCUGGCUUGCACACUAAUCCUAAUACUAUUGAUUGUGAUCCUUCCUUGAUAUCAACCUAUAUUGACUCUGCUAUGCUAUCUAUUUUUGUGUUCACAACAUUGUAAUAUGUCCCUAACAUAAAUAAAGUGUGACGCCUC